AUGCUCUCCUUCCUCGCAAGAAGAGUUCCGCGCACAGUGACUGCCAAUCAGAACCCUGUUAUUUUUGAUGGAGGGCGCUCUCGCAUCGAGUUCAAAACUCCGACCGACCGGUAUUUAGUGGUCAAUCGUUGGCCACCCAGCUCGUGUGAAGCAAGCAGAAAUAUCGCCUUACGGCCACCACCCCACUGGCAUCGUCACCAAACCGAGACAUUCCAUGUUCUAGAGGGAACUGCCGAGUUUUUUUGUGAUGGUCAAAGGAUACUUAAGAAUGCGGGAGAUUCGAUCACAAUACCAGCCAAGGCGAUUCAUACUUUUCGCAACUACAGCGAAUCGGAGGAACUGGUGAUCGAGUUUGUUCUCGAGCCGCAAUGGCGCGAACGAGAUGAAGCGUUCUUCCGUAUUUAA